AUGACAAACUUGACACAUACUCAAGGAUUUCUUCAACAAAUUGAUAGGUUAAAAUAUGAUAUAGAUUCUAUCAAUAACAGUAUUGAUAAAAUUGGAAACUUACACAGUAAUGCUUUAUCUACCUUUAAUGAUCAACAAUCAAAACAAAUUGCAAAAGAAGUCGAAAGAAUGAAAGUAGAAACACAAAAGAAGAAUCUGUAUAUUAAAAACAGUAUUCAACAACUUGAAAAUUCAAAUGGGAGGUUAUCUUUAAAUGAUCCAAAUAUAAAUAUGCGUAAAUCACAGAUUAUUGCUUUGAAAAGAAGAUUUCUAGAUACGAUUCAAAGAUAUCAAGAUGUUGAAAGGAACUUUCAAUUAAAAUAUAGACAACGUAUUGAACGUCAAAUUAGAAUUGUUAAACCAAAUGCCUCUGAAGAAGAAAUAGAGAAUAUACUGGAUGCAGAUGAUAUGCCGCAGAUAUUUGCCCAAUCAUUAGUGAAUAUGGAUAGACAAGGUCAAUCAAAGGCUGUCUUGUCUGAAGUUCAAAAUAGACACGAUGAUAUUAAGCAUAUUGAAAAGACAAUCAUCGAAUUGCAUCAACUGUUUAUGGAUAUGCAAAUGAUGGUUGAACAACAAGGUGAAUUAUUAAAUACAGCAGAACAAAAUGUACAUGAAACAGCCAAUAAUUUAAAAGAAGGAAAUCAACUUUUAACGAGAGCCAUUCAACUUGCAAGAUCAACACGUGCAAAAAAAUGGUGCUGUUUAUUUUUAUGUAUUGGUAUUUGUGUCAUGAUUGCAAUCCUCGUUUGGUGGUUUGGAUUUGAUCAUGUCGGCGUUGGAGGUGGAGGCAGCAACACUAAUAAUAACACGACAACAACAUCUUGA